AUGGCAUCACAUACUCACAAUGACAAGCUGAUGAUUCACUAUUUUCAAGACAGUUUGAUUGGAGCAUCAUUGAGCUGGUAUAUGAAAUUGAAAAGAAGCCAUAUUCAGUCAUGGGAAGACUUAGCCAAUGCUUUUUUGAAGCAGUACAACUACAACUUGGACAUGGCUCCAGACCGAAGGCAGCUGCAAAGCUUAUCCCAAAAGAGCAACGAAUCUUUCAAAGGAUAUGCACAACGAUGGAGAGAAUUGGCAGCCCAAGUGCAACCACCACUCUUGGAUAAGGAAUUGGUUGACUUGUUUAUGGAUACCUUGCAGAGUCCUUACUUUGAAAGGAUGGUAGGCAACGCGUUAUCAGACUUCGCCCACUUAGUGACAAUUGGAGAAUGCAUCGAGAGUGCCCUAAAAAGCGGAAGAAUCCAAGGCGCCUCGAGCAACCAAGCUAGCGAGACAGAAUCCCUCAGCAAUUCCCAAAAGGAAGAAGAGGAUGAAACCAAUGCAGUCAUAACAGAUGUCAGGCAACCAGCAACGUCGAGAGCACCAUACCAACAACCAUGGUCUGCUCCUUACGCAAAUCAAUGA